GAACCUUAUCUCUGACUUUUAGCCUUAGAGAUGAUCUUCACGUCAAUAUCACUCCUUGUCACUGCACACGUCUGUUUCGCUUUUAAGUCGGCGGUGGACAAACGAUUGUUGAUUUCUGACCAGACCGUGCUCCAUGAAUCGAUCACAAAACUCCAGGCAGAACUACAGCAGCUGAAAGCGGAAGUGGAGCAGCUGAAACGGAGCAAUUCUGCAUCCAGUCCAUCUGUUUCUUAUGUUCGCUGGGGUCGACACAGCUGUCCCGUGGGUUCCUCCAUAAUCUACAGAGGUUUUGCUGGAGGUCAUCCCCACAACGAGACAGGCUCAGGCGCGAGUUUCCUCUGUUUGCCGGACGAUCCACUAUGGGGUGCUCACAAAGACGGCUACAACUCAUACUCUGGGUGGAUAAUGGGGGUGGAGUAUGAGGGCGGAUAUUUCUUCGACAGUACAACAAAGGACUACGACGUUCCUUGCGCGGUUUGCCUGACUCCACACUCUACGUCCAUUAUGGUUCCCGCCAGAAACGCCUGCUUCGAUGGCUGGCAUCUAGAGUAUAACGGGUACCUGAUGUCCAAUGCCCACCGCCAUAUCGGAGAGUCGGACUAUAUUUGUGUGGAUUCACAUCCUGACGUCAUUCCCAAUAGUCAGAACAACACGAACGGUGCUGUUCUGUACAUGGUGGAGAGUGUCUGCUCCGGACUGCCCUGUCCGCCCUAUGUCGCCGGCAGAGAACUCACCUGUGCUGUUUGUAGCAAAUAAAGUGUGAAAUAUUUCA